GGCGUUCUCAGGUGCAAGGCGAUAAUGCAAAGUGCUCUGUUCCUGGCUGUCCAGCACGACUGCGGACCCAUGGACAAAAGCGCUGGCACCGGGCCCAAGAACGAGGAGAAGCGAGAGAAGAUGAAGCGAACCCUAUUAAAAGAUUGGAAGAGCCGUUUGAGUUACUUCUUGCAAAAUUCCUCCUCUCCUGGGAAGCCCAAAACUGGCAAGAAAAGCAAACAGCAAACCUUCAUCAAGCCUUCUCCAGAGGAAGCCCAGCUGUGGUCAGAAGCAUUUGAUGAGCUGCUAGCCAGUAAAUAUGGUCUUGCUGCAUUCAGGGCUUUUUUAAAAUCUGAAUUCUGUGAAGAAAAUAUUGAAUUCUGGCUGGCCUGUGAAGACUUCAAAAAAACCAAGUCACCCCAAAAGCUGUCCUCAAAAGCAAAGAAAAUAUAUACUGACUUCAUAGAAAAAGAAGCUCCAAAAGAGAUCAACAUAGACUUUCAAACCAAAACUCUGAUUGCCCAAAACAUACAGGAGGCUACCAGUGGCUGCUUCACAACUGCCCAGAAAAGGGUGUACAGCUUGAUGGAGAACAACUCUUAUCCACGUUUCUUGGAGUCAGAAUUCUACCAGGACUUGUGUAAAAAGCCGCAGAUCACCACAGAACCCCAUGCUACAUGAGCUGAAAAUGGGAGCCCAGAAACGGAGGACAUUUCAUUUUUUUCCUAAGGGGAAAGGCUGUCACCUGCCGAAAAGACUUGACCUUGAAUUCAGCCUGGGUGUUCAGGAAACAUCACUCAGAACUAUUGAUUCAGAGCUGGGUAGUGAAUCAGGAAGCCGGUCGCCACGUAGGAGAAGCUGGUACUGGGACAGCUUCCAUAACUGAUGGAGCACAGAGAGAGAGUUUGGUCUAAAUGUGGUGUGUCUCACUGCAAAAGCAGGAGCUUGAGACUGAAAGAUAACGAUGUAACACUAUUGGUCCAGAAGCAUUUACAAUCAAUAGGUCUGGGAUUAUGUGGCCUUAGCUAGCUGGCUGUACAUCUUUCCCUAAAUCAGUCCUUGUUACCACACAGUGGUUUAGAUGUAGUUUCUUUAGUUUUAGGUAAUAUAUGUUUACUAUGUGCAAGGGUAUUGAAGUUCCUGUGACUACAGAUCGUUAGUACUGUUGUCUCACAUAACUCUAAAACUGAAACGACCUGUGUUUGAACUGUCAAUUGCUGUCUGUACUAGAAUGAGUGCUUCUGUGUAGAAAAUGACAAUGUCCAUUAUGAGUGCCAAAAACUGUCCUGAUGGCAGCUAAACUUUGAAGUGGUCUUUGCAUACUUUUAAUAAAUUUAUUUUGAUAAAUAAUGUUAUUGAAUAUUUGGUCCAGAUGUGUGUUGGGAUGUUUUUUCUUAAUUAGGCAGAAACAAGUAUCUCCUCUAGGAGAGAAGAGAUAUCAGUUGAUGGGCCUGUUGAGUAACAAUUGACUGUCCUUAGAAUUGAGAAAUCACAGCUGCUGGGAAGAUGCUGCUCCCAUCUCUAAUGCUUUGGUAGGUCACAGGAGGUCAGAUCAUCACCCUGGGGUCCACCUUCUAAUAUGGUCUUGUAAAAAUCAAGCUUGUUGAACAUAUAAGAACAUUGUUUUAAAGCCCUUUAUGAAGCUAAACAUGAGAAGUAAAUUGAUGUAACAGAGACAAAGCACCAAAAUUAUUCACAUAACUAAGCCACUCAAAGGUGCCAAAUAAAGACGAAAGUUGUCAGUUG